UAGGCAUAAGCUUAGUGUCACGCUAUCUUAUCUAAUACGAAAAAUGGCGCAGAUAUUUCGCAGGGUGAAUGUCUUGUGCGCUACUACUACGUGUGAAUUUGUGCCAAAAUAUGAACAUUCGGUGGUUGUUACGCUAGACUACGAUCCUCAGGGCCUCAGCGCAAAAAUUCGGAAAGAUGAGAGUACUUAUGACAGCAUUGGUGAAUAUCCCAUUUCGAGGGCAACUGAAUGUGCUAGAGUGGGACCACAAGGUUAUGUAUUCACUUUUGAUACAGAGAGCCUCCUAUUCAGAUUUCAGAGUGUAGCAGAUGCUAGAGCAUUUCACGAAGCUGUAAGCAAAGUAAAACUUGGAAAGGAUUCGUCAGUUUUUACAGAUCGCACGGAAGACUCCUCAGCCAUGCAGUAUUUCCAGUUUUAUGGAUAUUUAUCCCAACAACAAAAUAUGAUGCAAGAUUACAUUAGGACAAGCACAUACCAAAGAGCAAUUUUGGCAAAUUUAGAUGAUUUCAAAGAUAAAGUUGUCUUAGAUGUUGGUGCGGGGUCAGGAAUUUUGUCAUUUUUUGCUAUUCAAGCUGGAGCAAGAAAAGUUUAUGCAGUUGAGGCAAGCACAAUGGCACACCAUGCAGAGACCCUGGUGAAUGCAAACAAUUUGAAAGGAAAGAUAGUAGUAAUUGCAGGCAAGGUAGAAGAAAUAUCUCUUACAGAGAAAGUUGAUGUCAUUGUUUCAGAACCAAUGGGUUACAUGUUGUACAACGAAAGAAUGUUAGAAACAUACCUACAUGCUAAAAAGUGGCUUAAGGAUGGAGGUAAAAUGUUCCCAACCAGGGGGGAUCUGCAUAUAGCCCCCUUUACUGAUGAUAACCUUUACAUGGAGCAGUUUAACAAAGCAAAUUUCUGGUAUCAGCAGUGUUUCCAUGGAGUGGACUUAAGCAGUUUAAGGCAUGCUGCAAUGAAAGAGUAUUUCCGGCAACCCAUAGUGGACACAUUUGAUGUCCGUGUUUGUAUGGCAAAGUCUGUCAGGCAUACUGUGGAUUUUCAGCAGGCGAGUGAAACAGAUCUCCAUCGAAUAGAAAUUCCUCUGCAGUUUCACCUGUUGGAAUCUGGAACAGUUCAUGGAUUAGCGUUCUGGUUUGAUGUUGCAUUUAUUGGCAAAAAUUCAACAAUAUGGCUCUCAACAGCUCCAUCAGAGCCUCUCACACAUUGGUACCAGGUUAGAUGUCUCUUGGAGACACCAAUUUUUGUGAAAGCUGGACAGCUGCUUACUGGACGAGUUUUGCUUUUAGCCAAUCAAAGGCAGAGUUAUGAUGUAACAAUUGAGCUAUGUGUGGAAGGCACAGGUACAAGGUCAUCUAAUACACUGGACUUAAAGAACCCUUAUUUCCGUUACACGGGACAAGCAGCACAACCUCCACCUGGUGUCAAUCAUACCUCUCCAAGUGAAACAUACUGGAGCCAGAUCGAUGCACAGGGAGCACGUCAGGCAGUGAAUAUGGUGAAUGGAAUAGCAGUGAAUGGUUUGGGAGAAGUUGCCACGAUAGAUGCAAGUCAGACAGCACCCAACCUAAUGGGACUGGGUAAGCAACUCAGCCAUUAUCUGAUUAUAGAUGGUCAACCGAAUAUUCACCCAGGAUCCAUUUCAAGUACUGGACGUCAACGAGUAUGUGCAGGAACUGCUACAUCUACCCAGGCUGCCCAGUUGAUAGGUGGUGGAAUAUCACCAACGUUAUUUACAUCACCGACUCAUCAACUAGUCCUCCAGAAUACUUCUCAUUACCCAGUGAACAACAGUUUAAUGAUAGGAGACUAUGUAACUCCUGGCAGCACAGUGUUGACAGCACAGAGUUACAGACAGUGAGUCCGUGGAUAUAACAAACAAAACUGAGGUUUUUACUUGCAACUUGUGUGUAGACUUUAAGUGGAAGUACCACUUUUUAAGGGCUGCUAAUAUUUUAUGUAAAGUGGCUUGCUCUCAUGUUGUAAAUCCGAAGAAAAGUGUUGUCACCUCAACUACCUCUGAGAUGAGCUCUGUGUGUGUGCGUGUGUGUGUGUGUGUGUGUGUGUGUGUGUGUGUGUGUGUGUGUUUUGUGUGUUUUGUGUGUGCACACAUGCGUGCAUGUGCACACAUGUGCUGUGCAUACUUACGGAUUAUUUCUCAAAGGAUUGAGAAAUGUAGGUAUCACUACAUAACAGACGAAGAUUUUACCAAAUUUACAUAAGAGAAGACUGACUUAGCAUGCAUAAGUGUAGAAGUAUGAAGGAUUGUAGAACUGGAGCAUGUAUUAUACAGUUCCAUCUUGUAUUCAAAAGUAAGUCUUUUACAGCUUCUGUGAAGUAUACAUUCAGCUGAUGCCUGAUAAGCAUAGAUCAGGAGCUACAGUAUCUGUGCCUCUUUGUUGUGGUGUCAGUUUUCCUGAGUUGAAUGGUGGUGUGUUAGUGACAUAUAGAAUUUAAAUGUGUGUGACCAGAAGAAGGAAAAUGAACUUCUCAGUUUGGUUGCAAUUCCCUCCCCAUCCCUGCCCCC